CCCCUUUGUUCCCUCCCACCCAGUUGUUCUAAGACUCGGGUAGCAGAUUUGCAAUGUCACUUGACAACAUUAAUCAGAUACUGCAUUUAAGAUGACCAUCAUGUCUCAUUUAAAGGAUCUCAAAGAUGACUUCCACAGUGACACUGUCCUCUCUGUCUUAAACGAACAACGUAUUCGGGGUGUUUUGUGCGAUGUCACUAUAAUUGUAGAAGACACCAAAUUCAAAGCCCAUAGCAAUGUCCUGGCUGCUUCAAGCCUUUAUUUCAAGAAUAUAUUUUGGAGUCGUACAAUCUGUAUUUCUGGACAUGUAUUAGAAUUAGAUGACCUCAAGGCUGAAGUGUUUACAGAAAUUCUUAACUACAUCUACAGUUCCACAGUGGUCAUUAAAAGGCAAGAGACUGUUUUAGACCUUGCAGCUGCAGGAAAAAAACUUGGAAUAUCAUUUCUGGAAGAUCUUACAGAAAAGAAUUUAUCAAAUUCUCCUGGUCUAUACUCAUUUUGCAACACAGAGAAGGGUGAAGUGAAAGAAGAGAAAAGACAGGAAGAGUCUGCCAUUACAAAUGGACCAAGAAUCACAAAUGCAUAUUCAAUUUUUGAGUCUGAGAAUAGUAAUAAUUUGUUUUCUCCUCUUGAUCUGAGAGCAAGUUUUAAAAAAAUUCCUGAGACAACUAAAGCAUCCCGAGUUGGUCAGGAGAGGAACAGUGCUUGUAAAGACAUAGAGCCAGCUAGUACCUUGGCUGAGCAUUCCUAUGCUGUUACUGCAAGUUGUGAUGCUUUUCAACGUAAUUCCUUUUAUCACCACGAGAACAGUCCCCUUUGUAAAAUAACUGAGAAUGGUUCUGAAGCGGUCCAGCCAGCGCCUCUGGCUGAAUCAACAACUCAAGCCUUUAGUACACCAAAGACUGCUUUUAAUUCCCAGGUCACUGAUGUGCCUACAGUAAAGGAACCAACCCACAAAGGAGCCAAUGCAGAGGGUCCCCAUAAAUCAGUAACUGAUCAGACAAUUUCUUUUCAAAAACCCCAUACAAAUACUGGCAACCUUCUCCCUUCCAAAGAAGAUGAAAAUAAAUCUGAUCCUGUUUCGGGGUCAAUAGUCACUGCCACUCCACACAUUUAUAAUGGUAACAGUUGUACAGAAUCAUUUAAUGAUGGAGCCCAGUUAAGCACUCAUCUUCAGCUUCACACACAGCCUCAAGAACCUUUAGUCUGCAAAUAUUGUAGUAAACAGUUUGAAAGUACUUCUGGAGUAGAAGCGCAUGAACAAGUGUGCAAGGGAUUGAGCAAUGCAUGUGUUCAAAGUGAAAAUGAGCAUUAUUUGGACAAUUUUGCUGCUUCUAGUACAAAGACUGGUACCUCGUAUAUUAACUCAGAACCUACAAUGGCUGAAAAUAAUCUCACUGAUAAUUCUGUCCCAAGUUGCGCAUUGCCAGAAACAGACCAUUUUGUUAACAUGGUUGAUGGACAGAUACUUUAUACUUGUAAUGUUUGCAAACGUACCUAUGUUACCUUGUCCAGCCUCCGAAGGCAUUCAAAUGUUCAUUCAUGGAGAAGAACCUAUCCAUGCCAUUACUGCAACAAAGUAUUUGCAUUAGCAGAAUAUCGUACCAGACAUGAAAUCUGGCACACAGGAGAAAGACGAUAUCAGUGUAUCUUCUGCCUUGAGACCUUUAUGACAUAUUACAUACUCAAAAACCAUCAGAAAUCUUUCCAUGCAAUUGACCAUCGACUGGGAGUAAAUAAGAAAACUGCUAAUGGAGGCUUGAAACCAAGUGUGUAUCCUUACAAACUUUAUAGGCUUUUGCCUAUGAAAUGCAGAAGACCACCAUAUAAAAGCUAUGAGAAAUCGUAUGAAAGUAUCCAAGUUGAUGAAGCCACUUCUAGUACUUGUAUAAUUCAGAAUACCAUCACUCCUGAACUACCAUCACUGAAUUUUUCAAACAAUAUGCUGUCAAACACAUCUAUUUCCUUGGAUGCAUCUUCAUGUAAUGAUGCAACUGCAGCAGCAGUAGCUGUGAACUCUUCAAACAUUUCUUCCCAAGAAGCUAGUGUACCAGAAUCAGAUCUUAAAAAUGAUACUUAUUGUGCUGAAAGGCCAUUGGCCUCCACUGAAGUUAGCUCUGGUCCUCAGGAAUACAAAUCUUCUAUUAUAACAUUUAGUAGUAGCAGUGCCAGUGAAAAUCCAGCCUCUGUUAUUAACUACAGUAAUUCAAUGUCUUCUGUGAUAAUGCACAGUGGUAGAGUUUCAUCUGUAAUAAUGCACAGCAAUGCUAUCAAUGCAAUAGGAAUCAGUAAUAUAGGAACCUCAGAUACUACAGACAGACAGACAGCAAGUGAUGAACAUGUACAAGGGUCAGAGGACAAACGAACAAGAAGCAAUAGGGAGAAGAAGAAAGUGCCACAGUACAACACAGAAGAGACAUCAGAGCAGUUAACGUAUAUGGCAAGUGCAGGAAUGUCCUCUAACACAACCACAGAUACUUUUGAACCUUCAAGUAAGACUGAAACCUACAUUGCAAAACCUGCUUUACCGGGAACAUCUGCUGAUAGCAAUGUUGCCCCUCUUUGUCAAAUUACUGUCAAAAUUGGGAAUGAAGCCAUUGUGAAAAGACAUAUUUUGGGAUCCAAACUGUUUUACAAAAAAGGCAGAAGAUCUAGACAUGAAUCCAAAGACGAGCAUACGGUUCAGAUUACAGACCGAGAAAAGAGAGAGAGAAGCGUGUCUCGAGUCUGUAGGCCAGACUACAUUGAGCUCAAUGAAACCUGUGACGAUGUAAGCGACCAUGACUCCAAUGAUAAGCCCUGGAGACCAUAUUACAAUUACAAACCCAAAAAGAAGUCUAAACAAUUAAGGAAAAUGAGAAAGGCAAAGUGGAGGGAAAAGUGCAGAAGCAAGAAUUCGUACAGAAGAAGUGAAAAGACAGGAGUCACAAAUUAUGCACUUAGGAACAUUCCUGAAGAAAAGAUCCUCAGUCAAGAAGAUGAUGAGAAAAUGCCGAGUCUUCACUGUGAACUCUGCGAAAGACAGCACUCUUCUACUGAAGAAGCCGUGGAGCAUUUGCACAGGGACACAAUUCCGUCUAAGGCUUAUAUUUGUGAGUUAUGCCAAAAACAGUUCCAGAGUCCAUCUACUUUAAGGAUGCAUAUGCGGAGUCAUGUGGGAGAGAAACCCUACCCUUGCAAAACCUGUGGGAAGAGCUUUUCUGUAUCUGGAAACCUACAGAAGCAUGAACGUACCCACUUGAGUGUCAAAGAUUUUGUCUGUCAGUAUUGCGACAAGGGGUUCACUCUGAAUGAAACACUCAAAAUACAUGAGAGAAUUCAUACAGGAGAAAAACGCUACCACUGUCAAUUCUGCUCUCAGAGUUUCUUGUAUCUUUCUACUAAAAGGAAUCAUGAGCAAAGGCAUAAACGUGAGAACUAUGGGAAAGGAUAUGCAUGUUUUCAGUGCCCCAAAGUUUGCAAGACAGCAGCUGCUCUUGGAAUGCACCAGAAGAAGCAUCUCUUCAAAAAUCCCAAACAAGAGGAUAAAAAAGAUGACUUGCUUCAAGAAAGCACUAAAUCUUUGGUAAAUCAACAUUUAAUUGACUCAGAUGGGCAGCAAACUGCUAAACCUUUCAUCUCUCAACAUCUGAUUGACCCAGCUGAACCUGAAGGAAGUAACAUUCAGAAUACCACAUCAAAUGUUGGCCUUUGA